AUGCCGUCGAACAAGCGCUACAUUUGUCGCUACUGGGCUCUCGGGCCCCGCUGUCCCAAUGUCGACGCGUUCGGUGCUUCCACCUGCGAGUUCGCUCAUUGGGACAGCGGUCGAAUGGCCACCACGGUUCAACAAAGAGGUACCUGUUUGCCGUGGAAACAUUACGGAUUCUGCGGGCGGGGUGUUGGCUGUUGGUAUGAACAUCGAGAAACAGGAGUUACAGGUCUCUAUCAAGGCACUAUCGAACUGACCGGCUUCGAGCUUCAAGUCGCCGACGCUGCCACCAAAGCUGGGUUCAAUACCUUCAAUCAUGAAGCGUUAUUCGAGCUCAUCUGGGCCGUUAAGCGCCUUGCACUUCGAAAAAGACCUUUCCACUUCUUAGGCCAUCUUCCCAAAGAUCCGAUAUACCCUGACAGGUAUCGUCCCAGUGGCGUUGGUGACAAUACAAACCGAAAGAGAAGAGCAGCCACAAUUCAACCUCCAUCAAACCAUAAGGUGGAGUUAAAAUUCCAUCCUGUCCAGCCUCUGAUGAGAAAGCGGCCAUUGCCUGGUAGCAAAGAAGAGGACCUGAUCGAUUUGACCUUGUCAACAGACAGUGAAUGUGAUCCGACGGACUCGCAUGAUAUCACAACCAAACGCCAGAAAGUGGUCAACGGGAGCAUUAUUCCAAGUGUGGGCGAUACCCGGCUUAAAUAUCUCAACGCGCUUCCAGGGAAGAACAUGUCCUUGGCCUCCACCGGAAUAACCUCGAAGCCACCAUCUCGAGACGCCCGCAACCGUGCCAACAGAAGAACUCGAGCUCCCGCACGCGCUGCUGUUCCCGUCGUACUCAAUUUGCCUCCAACAGCCCCUCCAACAGCCGAAGAGGAGAUUAGCAAGCAGCUCCUCUUGGUCAAAUCCAAGCUUGAUGAUGCCAGGAAGAAUAUGAACACAUGUCAAGCAACAAUGAAGGCACUAUUCGACGCGCAUUAUGAGAAGUUUGAUAAUGACAAGAUGAUGGGAGCUCUUCAGAAGCUGAGCGGCUUCAUGAACAAGGUCUACGACGGUAGCAAAGAGGGUGCAGAGGAGGCUGAGAAGGCCAUUGCAUUGCUGGGAGUCACGAAGAGUGGGCUAUCGUGA